AACGGGCUGGGAAGUUCCGGCUCCGGGCCAAACCUCGCUCCUCCGUUUGUCCUGCUACCGCAUCUCCCAUCAGCUCCAGCAUCCUCCACUCCCUCCGCAUUUCAGAAGCAAUUACGAUCAAAUACCUUCUGUCAAAAUGUCUCUCCUCGGAAAGAAGUGGCCGACCCCUGUCGCCAAGCCUAUGGCUCCUUUCUUCGUUGCCGGCCUCAUCAUGAUGUACGCCAUCAACUCGGCCGCCAACGCUCUGCCUCCUCCCCCGAAGAAGGAGGAGUCGCACUAAACGCGACAACGAGAGCUUGAUUCUUGAUCACGAUCUGACAAGAAGGGAUAUCCAUGGUUAUUGAUUAAGUCCUGGGUGGCCCUCGGUGUGGGCGUCGAGUUGGUUGCAAUGCGAUUACUUUGUACAAAACAUAGAUAUUUGCAUCCAAUACUAUUCGACAAUAUAAGCAACUGCACCACCAUUUUGAAAUUCCGGAUAUUUAUUCAUUUGAUCUUUCUGCUUGUCCUGCUCACUUCGCCGCGAUAUACGGCGGACUCCUACGUAACUCUGGCAACUUCACAUCCCGCCUCAGGUCAAGACGUGAUAUUGUAGAGUGUCUAAUUGCUCACAAGUCCUGUAAAUACACUCAUAUCACUCAGUCGUUUCGAGAAAUACUACCU